GCCAUCUUUCGGCGUAACUUCAACGGUGUGCAGCUCCCCUUUGCUAAACACAGAGAGCAGCAGAGGUUUCGUCCUCCAGCUAACUGCUACUACCAUGGCGUCAACUGAGAUAGCGAGGCAAGCGGGUGAAGGUGCUCGUGCUGUCCCUCUGGCAGGCCAUGUCGGCUUUGACAGCAUGCCUGACCAGCUGGUCAACAAGUCUGUCAACCACGGAUUCUGCUUUAACAUCCUCUGUGUUGGCGAGACGGGUCUGGGGAAGUCCACCUUAAUGGACACAUUGUUCAACACCAAGUUUGAGGGUGAGCCCACUCAGCACAACCAGCCCGGAGUCACUCUCAAGUCCAACACCUAUGAACUCCAGGAGAGUAACGUGCGUCUCAAACUCACUGUCGUCAACACCGUGGGCUUCGGAGACCAGAUCAACAAAGAAGACAGCUACAAGUCUAUUGUGGAGUUCAUUGACGCCCAGUUUGAAGCAUAUCUACAGGAGGAGCUGAAAAUCAAGCGCACGCUACACAGCUACCAUGACACCCGCAUUCACGCAUGCCUGUACUUCAUCGCUCCCACGGGACACUCGCUCAAAUCCCUGGACUUGGUGACCAUGAAGAAACUUGAUAGCAAGGUCAAUAUUAUCCCAAUCAUUGCCAAGUCGGACGCCAUCUCCAAGAGUGAGCUGGCCAAGUUCAAAAUCAAAAUCACCAGUGAGCUGGUCAGCAACGGAGUGCAGAUCUACCAGUUCCCAACUGAUGACGAGUCUGUGGCAGAGAUCAACUCCACCAUGAACAGCCAUUUGCCAUUUGCCGUAGUGGGGAGCACGGAGGAAGUGAAGAUUGGUAACAAGAUGGUGAAGGCCCGGCAGUACCCUUGGGGGACGGUUCAGGUGGAAAAUGAGAAUCACUGUGACUUCGUCAAACUGCGAGAAAUGCUGAUCAGAGUGAACAUGGAGGACCUGCGAGAGCAGACUCACACGCGUCAUUAUGAGCUCUACCGCCGCUGCAAGCUGGAGGAGAUGGGCUUUAAGGACACAGACCCUGACAGCAAGCCCUUCAGUCUUCAGGAGACGUAUGAAGCUAAGAGGAACGAGUUCAUGGGUGAGCUGCAGAAGAAAGAAGAAGAAAUGAGGCAAAUGUUCGUCCAAAGAGUCAAAGAGAAGGAGGCUGAGCUCAAAGAAGCAGAGAAAGAGCUGCACGAGAAGUUUGACCGUUUGAAGAAGCUCCACCAGGACGAGAAAAAGAAAGUGGAGGAAAAGAAGAAGUCCCUGGACGACGAGCUCAACAUGUUCAAACAGAAAAAGACUGCUGCAGAGCUCUUGCAGAACCAAGCCCAGCAGGCAGGGGGCUCUACCACACUCAAGAGGGAAAAAGAGAGGAAAAACUUAGGAUUCCUGUAGAAAAAGUACUCCCUUGUGGCCAUCCUGCUGUGAAUGAGUUUCCACCCCAUCAUCCUUUACAGUACCCCUUCCCCACCCUCACCCUCUCCCCAUAAUUGAACCCUCCACAUGCUCUCUGGAAGACGCUGGGCAUUGCUAUCAGUUUGACAUCACUUUUGUUUUGCUGAAUGGAGCUUGUCUAUUAAAUGGUUUGUACAAGCAAUUAUUCAGCUUGUCUUUUUAUACAAAUUUACAAAAAAAUGCAUUCCAUAUUUGUUUUAUAUUCAGUGAUUCUUUGCAUGAUGGAGUGAGCUUUUUUUAAAUAUUAACAUACAUGACUACUGUUGUGAUGGGCAGAAAUGUAUUGAAGCUAAAGUGAAACAUGCAUCAGACAGUGGGACCUGAGUGUGUGUGUGUGUGUGUGUGUGUGUGGUCAAAGAUCUGCAGUAGAUUUAAAAAGAAGUAAUAAUUAACACAGAUGAGGAUUGAUGCAAGGGUGGAUUAAGUAAAUGUUGUAUUAAACUGAUCCAUCUUCAGAUUAAAGGGCAGCAAUCAUCUUAGUGAUCAUCCAUUUUACAAACCCCAUGUAACAGUGUCUGAAAUAACUACUUACCUUGAGAUUGGAAACAACAAUUACCAACAUACUUGUUCGUAAUUUAGUCAUUGGUUUGGGGUUGAGCUAGUUUGUUAUUCGUUUAAAGUUAUAAUCCUUAAGAUUUCAGUCCUGGUUGAUUUGCCAACACCCUUGGUUACUCUGGUAACAGCAGAGCUCGUUGAGCUGCUACUUUGUCAGGAAUACAACAAAAGAGCAACCGGUGUAUCCGUUAACAGCCAUCGUAUGUUUUCCAUCAUGCCAUGAGCAAUUUUUUUGUAGAUGCAUUUUUGAUUAGCAAUCACUAUUAGCAUUAUUACAUUGCGUUUCCUGUGACUGCUUCACAAUAAAAGCCCACCCCGUGUUUCAUCAGUUGAGCGCUUUUACUGUGAAGUAGCAGCAGUAAAGUAGAAGUAGCAGUAACUUUAUACAGAUCUGACAAGGCUGUAGGCGAGUGAACAGUAAAUGGUGAGGCUGAUAUCAAUGAGAUAAAAUUACAAUAGAUUACAUGCAUGCAUCUUUUCCUUCUAAUCCCUGGUGCGUGUGAAGGCAAAAUGAAUCCACCUUGGGAAUGGCGGACCCCGCCACUAACAAAGAAGACUAUAUUAUAUAGAGAGAUAAUUACAGAAUGUAAAUACAUUGAAUGACUAUUGCAGAAACCAUAAAUAGUAUCAAAAAGGGGGUUUUAUUUCAUGAGGAAUAUAACUUUAAAACUUCCAUUAAUUAUUACCUCAGCCAUAUAUACUUUAGACUUACAAUAAGAACUGAAUUUGAGAUUGAAUUUGUUUGUGGUAUAAUAUCCCUUUGCUGAUGCUGUUUCACUUCAGCUUCAUGCAUGAGUAGUUGUGAGCCUAAUCUCUGUGCCACUUCUCCCAUACCUCAUUCAUUGUCAUGUGUUAUGUGCAUACUUGUCUUAGCUUUCACAUUUGCACUUUUUUUAAUACACAAAUGUGAUGUUUUUUAACUAUAUAUUAAUGUUGUCAGUGCAAUUGUAACUUUCUUUUUAUUUUACUUAUGAAGGCACAUUUCAAAAUCAUUCGUCAUGCUGUCCAUUGUCCUGCAGGGACCAGUUUUGUUUGUAUCAGUGUUACGCAUAAAAGAAAUAUUAUCUCAAAAGAAAAUAAAGGCCAAUUUUUCACCAAA